AUGAGUAACAGUGAUAAUGAUGAAGUUAUAAAUUUUAAUAUUUUUAGAGAGAAUAAAGUUAAUAAUUUUGUAAAGGGUAUAAAGUGGUCUCCCGAUGGUUCUUGCCUACUUUCAGCAACUGAAGAUAGACAAUUAAGAUUAUAUGAAUUAAAUACAGAUGUUCAAAAUGGUAAACAUUCAUUAAGGCAUGUGUUUGAUGUUAGGGAGUAUGAUACUAUUUAUGACUUUUGUUGGUAUCCAUACAUGAAUUCAACGUUACCAGAAACAUGUCUAUUCGCUUCGUCAAGUAGAGACUCUGCUAUUCAUCUAUGGAAUGCAUUCAAUGGUAGUCUACUAUGUUCAUACAUACCAUGGCAAGAUGUAGAUGAUAUAGAGUCACCUAUAUCAAUACAAUUUAGUAAUGAUGGUAAAAAAAUAUAUGGUGGUUUUAAAAAGAGUAUAAAGAUAUUUGAUAUUGAAAGACCUGGAUCAGAGUAUGACGAGUUUCCAACAUGUAUAAAACGUGGACAUAGACAAUCAAAGAAAGAUUACUUCCCAGGUUUACCUGGAAUUGUCAGUUGUAUAGAGUUUGACCGAUCGAAUCAAAGUGGUUUCUACGCAGUUGCGACAUACAAUGGAAAUAUAGGGCUGUUUGAUGCCGCAAGUGACCAGCUUGUCGAUAUCUUGCCUUAUCCUCGUGGUGCACCCGUUCGUGGAAUUACACAGUUGAAGUUCUCACCGGAUGGCACUCAUCUUUAUGCUGGCUACCGAAGGUCAGAGUAUAUCAUUGGAUGGGAUCUGCGACAGACCGUCGCAGUAGAGACACACCAAUUGUUGAGAACAGUCGAUAGCAAUCAAAGGUAUCAAUUCGACAUUGGAUUCGGUGGUCGAUAUCUCAUCACCGGUACACAAGACGGACAUCUAAUGACAUAUGAUCUUCAUUCCUCUCCAACCUCAUCGACAUCCUCUACACUUGUACACAAUCAACAACUUUCACAACAGCAGUGUAUCAAUUCUGCUUCUUUUCAUCCAUCAUUAUCAAUCAUUGCAACUUCAUUUGGUGAGAGACAAUUUGAAUUUGAGUCAACAAACACCAAUAGCAAUAAUAAUCACAAUAACAAUGGUAACCAAGAUAAUUCAAUUUACAAUGAUAUUAGUUUAAUACCAGCAAUAACUCUCUAUAGUAAUACCCAUUGUUUUAAUUUUCUCAUUCAAAACAUAACUAGUAUUGAUAAUAAUCAUAGUUCUUUCUAUAGUAAUAAUAAUAAUAGUGAUAUAACUAUGAGCACAGAUAAUAAUAGCAUAACACAAUUACAAGAGCAAGUUCAAAUAGUUGAUCAAAAACAUGUUGAAAAAGUAGAAUCUUCUAGUUCUGAUAAUAUAGUAAUACAACUAGAUCAUCAACAAAAAGAACAAGAACAAGAACAACAACAAAUAGAAUCAAUAAACAAUAAUAAUAAUAGUUGUUAA